AUGGUGGUGGUGGAUGAAGGGGAGAUGAAAUUAUGGGUUGACGACAUGAUGGACUACGGUGGCGAUGGUGAGCCGAAACUCAUCAUCACCAUCAAAAACUCAUCAUCACAAUUUGGUUAUUCUCUAAAGUUGAAACAUUUGGACAGUCGUUGGUGGCGGAGGGAUUGUUGGUGGCGGAAGGAUCGUGAAGUCGAAAGAAGAAGAAAAGAUGUGUUGAUGGAGCUAAAUUACAGGGGUAAAUUAGUCAAUCUCAUUCACAGAAAAUGCUUUAUCCUGUUAGCCCUUUAUGAAAAUGCUCAAUCCCUAAUUUUUGGGCCAUAA